AUGGCUGUACAAAGUGUAAAUGCAAAAGCUAUGGAAGUAUCUGAUACAAGUCAACAAUCUGUUUCGAAAGUUCUUUCCUCAACACAAAAGUCUGACUCUGAAAAAACACAAUCCAUGGAAGAAUUGGAGUCGAAAACGAUGCACUUAACAGAAAUAUCUUCUAAAGCUGAAGAAUUCUCAAAAAAGCCUAGCAAACAUGGUUUGGAAACUCUCGAGAAAGACAAAUCAAUUACUUGUGUAGAAGAGAAGUUCGAUAACGAGAAAUUUAGGGAUGAUAAAUUAAAUCCAAUAAAACAUCAUAUUCCAACGAAGUCAUCAAUGCGUAUCACUGUCCAUCGAGAUCUUCCCGAUUUUACGCGGGAAGAAACGGCGUCAUCAUUCACUAAACAGAAUGAUCCGAAACCAAUUGCAUAUAAUCUUUCAAAACGGAAAGUGAAGACAGCGGAACCAUUAAAAACGGAAAAAAUUAGUUAUAGAGGGGAAAAUAAUCGAUUGUCACAGCAUCAAAAUUCUGAAAUGAUUAAAUCAAUCGCAGAAAAGAUUCCAAUGAAUAAAACUUGUCGAUUAACACCACAUUGGUGGAAUGAUCAGGAAGCAUUCGUUGGAAAUAUUAUAGAAACUACUCGUUAUUUCCAAGCAUUAAAUUUAUCAAUGAAUCAAACUGAACAACGUUUUGAAAUUUUUGAAGAUGAAAAUACUGUUAAAAUAUUGAAACCAUUUAAUGGACAAAUGUAA